AACACAAAAUCAAACAGCACCUGAACUAGUGACAGUUUCGUGAAUUAGUCUCUGUAUAUUUCUUCUUUCUCCUUCUCGCCUUCGUCUAGCAUUGUUACCCUCUUCUUCGUAGUGAUCAUCUAAAAGUGAUUCUCGUUCUGAGAGUGAAGGAGAGGAUUCGAGAAAUGGAGAAUGUGUUGGUGGCUCGUGAUGGAGAUGAAGAACUCUCUUUGUUCCUGGAGAUGCGAAGACGCGAGAAGCUUCAGUGUGUUUCUUCUCUUCCGGAAUCUGGAGCUAACAGUGUUGAGAAGAGUAGCACAAAGAGUUUAGAGCUCUUGAAAACGAGCUGUGUUGAGCUGCGUAGGAGCGUUGUUGAUAAGUUUUUGGACUCUGAGAAUGACAAAUCAGAUUAUGAAUGGUUACUUGCGGCUCCUGAGACGCUAGGAGGGAAAGAGAACUCUAUGGUUAAACUCAAGGAGACUAAAGCUAGGCCCACUGCUCUCAAACCACGGGUCGAAAACAUUCCGCAAGAACCUGUGACAAGAAGCGUCAAGGCUUCCAAGCCAAUCCCAAGAACUGCUUUAAGCAAACAAGUUAUCAAUACCGCUGGAGAAGUAAAAUCAAGCAGUAAGCAGUCAAGACAAUCCACACCUACUUCACGAUCCACAUUACCUUCCACAAGACUAACCAACCCUGCUCAGAACUCAAAUCCAGACACUAGAACCUCUACAAUCAAAUCAAAUCCACGAGCAUCUGCCUUUACCCGUUCAUCCUCAGUGGGAAAGUCAGUUUCUAGUGCUAAGUCUACAACUCCAACGAUCCCUGAAACACGUGCCAGACCUGUCUCAACGUCAAGAAGCAGAGUAUACAGUUCAGGGGACAGAUCAACAGGACGGUCCAAGAUUAGCAAUGAUGUGAAUCCUGUGUUGAUGGGGACUCAAAUGGUGGAAAGAGUUGUAAACAUGAGGAAACUGCCACCUCCAAAAUAUAACGAUAACACGAGCUCGGGCUUUGGGAGAAAUCUCUCUAGGUCCUCCCUUGACAUGGCCUUACGCCACAUGAACAUAAGGCGUAGUGUUUCAAAGAAUCUGAAGGUAACAACCAAUGCCUCAACAAACUCAGUAGAAAAAACCGAGUGAUCGUGAUAUAUCAUCAGCUUUGGUGAAGAACUACAUAGUAUUAUUACGAACUUGUUUCAUCAGAGAAUUGUUUCCUAGCAUCCAUGUGUUGGUUAUAUCAUAUAUGUAUGAGGUACCUCUCAUUAGACAUCGGCUAAUACAAGUUGAACCUAGCCGAGUCUUUGAGAAUCAAGAGAAAGUAGUGAUGGUUUAAACUAGUUUGCUAUCAGCAUUUAAAAUCUGAAAACAAACAUAUGUUGCACGUAUCAUUGAUUCAUUAUUAUAUACCUUUUCAACAUCAA